GAUGACCAUAGCCUUCGGCCUUCCUUUGUGGGAAAUGAGCAGUCGCGGGCAGUAUUUAAGGGCGUCAGGGCCUUGACUAAAGCCCCUCGUUCAUCUACAACAUCUAUCUGCAAGGUUCUCUGUCUCAAACUUCAUCAUAAUGUCAUUUUUACGCACUGUCUUACUGUCUUCCGUAGCCCUUGGGUCUUCAACUAUCCGGAUACCUGUCGGAGCUUCCUCAUCGGAUCCAUUGACCGCCUGUACCAUCUUGAAGACGACGUACCCCAACAUUACACUGCUCCCUCAAGACGAAGGUUACGUCAAUGAAACGCAGAAGUCCUGGAGUGCUGCUGCCUGGCUUACGCCCGCCUGCGUUUUUGCUCCAUCUUAUGCAUCCCAGCUCUCACUCGCCGUUCGCGUUUUCGCCAACACUUCUACUGCUUUCGCCAUGCGCGGAGGCGGACAUAUGCCCAUUGCCGAUGCGGCGAACAUCAAUUCUUCCGGCGUUCUCAUCUCCAGCACCAACCUGAACACUCUUCGACUGUCAGACGACAACCAAACCAUGUCAAUCGGACCUGGACCGCGUUGGGGCGAUGUAUUCGAAUACAUGGACGGUACCAAUCUGACUGUCGUCGGGGGUCGGUUGGCUCCUGUUGGUGUUCCCGGCUUACUGCUUGGUGGUGGAAUCAGCCAUUACAGCUACAAGCACGGGCUGGGGUCUGCAAAUGGGAAGAUAAAGGCCUACGAGGCUGUCCUCGCAGACGGAACCAUCGCGUUGGUCACAGGCGAUAACGAGUACUCAGACCUUUAUUGGGCUCUUCAAGGGGGCGGGAAUUCUUUUGCCCUCGUAACUCGGUUUGACCUGCAGACUUUCUAUGCCGGUACCCCUCUCAUGGCCGAGGCGAGCUAUGGGAACUCCAAUGCGACACGCGACGCAUGGCUCGCAGCCGUCCUAGACUUCGCGGUCAACGGCGACCAGGAUACCGCGGCGGCCCUCAUCCCUGUUGCGCGAUGGGGACCGAAUUUCACCGCUCCGUCCUACGAAUCUACGCUCUUCUACAACGGUUCUGCCGCGCCGACGAGUGGACCGUUUACGACAUUCUUUGAAGAGACGACUUUAAAGUCGGUCAAUGCGUCUUCCACGCUCGUUCCACGAACACUGGCACAGUACGCUAAGCUCCUUCGUCCUGCAUUCGGGCCGGGUGGCCCAGGCUAUGGUCUGCGACAAAAGUUCCGAGUCGUUAGUACGGCAGCAACAGCCGAAGCGAUGAACAUCGUGCACGAUACAUACUUCGACGCCGUUCGAUCAUCAGGGAUCGCGAACCGACUACCAGGAUUCUUCACUGGUCUUGCCUUCAAUGCCAUCACGCGAACCUUCGCCGAAGCCUCCGCUGGCACCCCGCAGAACAUCCCGGCCGAACCAGCUUUCUGGAUCGAGGAAUCCUUGACUUGGGAGUCCGCAGAGGACGAUGCGGAGAUUGAAGAAUGGGUGAGGAAUGUGAAUGUGGAGAUUGAAACGAAGCUGGCUGCCGUAAAUGGGACGAGCCGCUACGUGUAUUUGAAUGACGCUGAUAAAGGGCAAGCCGUGUUUGAGGCGUAUGGAGAGGAGAGCUUGAAGAGGUUGAGAAGCAUCAGGGUGAAGUAUGACCCUGCACGGGUAUUCACGGAUCUGAUGCCCGGAGGGUUCAAGGUCGAUCCUGCGACGUCCGCGUAGGUAUCUGGAGGAGGUUAGAGUAGCUCUACUUCCUGAACAGAGGCGGGAGCGGAAUAGAGAGCUUGACUGGUUAUUGAAUAUCUUGAUCUUGAAGUUCAUUGAGCUUUAUG